CCACCAGAUCUGAUUCGGAUCCGAAAUUAUUCUUCACAAUGGCUACUCGAACUCUUCUUCUUCUUGCCAUGGCUGCUCUUCUUCUCUUCUCCAACUCCGUUCUUUGUAAAGAUGUUUCUCCUUCCAAAGAUCCUCUCUCCAAGCCUACCGACGACGAUGACGAAGAUCUCAGCUUCCUCGAGGAGCCGGAUGAGGCUCAUGGUCAUCACAAUCUCCCUGAUUUUGAUAAUUUUGAAGGUGGAGCCGAGGAUGAAGAUUUUGGAGAUUUCUCCGAUUUUGAAGACGCAGAAGGGGAUGGAGACGAGUACAAGGCACCGGUGGUGGAUGAAAAGGACGUUGUUGUCUUGAAGGAAGGUAACUUCAGCGAUUUCAUCAAGAAUAAUCGGUUUGUUAUGGUGGAGUUUUAUGCUCCAUGGUGUGGUCAUUGCCAAGCGUUGGCUCCUGAAUACGCGGCUGCGGCUACUGAAUUGAAGGCGGAGAAUGUGGCUUUGGCGAAGGUUGAUGCGACGGAGGAGAAUGAAUUGGCGCAGCAGUACGAUGUUCAAGGAUUUCCUACCGUUUAUUUUUUCUCUGAUGGAGUCCACAAGGCUUAUCCUGGACAGAGGACAAAGGAUGCUAUAGUAUCAUGGAUCAAGAAGAAGACCGGACCUGGUAUUUACAACAUAACUUCGGUUGAAGAUGCUGAACGCAUUCUGACUUCGGAAUCUAAGGUUGCUGUUGGUUACCUGAACUCCUUGGUGGGCUCUGAGAGUGAUGAGCUUGCUGCUGCUUCCAGACUGGAAGAUGAUGUCAACUUUUACCAAACGGUGGAUCCUGAAGUCGCAAAGCUUUUCCACAUUGAAGCUUCGGCGAAACGCCCUGCCUUGGUAUUGCUUAAAAAGGAGGCUGAAAAACUGAGCCGCUUUGAUGGCGAGUUUUCCAAGUCUGCAAUUGUUGAAUUUGUAUUUGCCAAUAAGCUUCCUUUAGUUACAACGUUUACCAAAGAAAGUGCACCAUUGAUUUUUGAAAGUUCAAUUAAGAAACAGUUAAUUCUAUUUGCAAUUUCAAAUGAUACAGAGAGGCUCAUUCCCAUAUUUGAAGAGGCAGCCAAGUCUUUUAAAGGAAAGCUUAUUUUCGUUUAUGUGGAGAUUGAUAAUGAGGAGGUUGGAAAGCCAGUAUCAGAAUAUUUUGGCAUUAAUGGCAAUGGUCCAGAGGUUCUUGGAUACACUGGAAAUGAGGACAGCAAGAAAUUCGUGCUUGAUAAGGAAGUUACCUUGGAAAAUAUUAAGGCUUUUGCAGAAAAUUUUUUGGAAGACAAGCUAAAACCAUUCUAUAAGUCAGAUCCCAUUCCCGAGACUAAUGACGGUGACGUGAAAAUAGUGGUUGGAGACAACUUUGAUGAAAUUGUUUUAGAUGAAUCGAAGGAUGUUCUCCUUGAGAUUUAUGCUCCUUGGUGUGGGCAUUGCCAAGCACUGGAACCAACUUACAACAAGCUUGCGAAACAUCUACGUGGCAUCGAUUCACUCGUCAUUGCUAAGAUGGACGGCACAACAAAUGAACAUCCCCGGGCGAAGUCGGAUGGAUUCCCAACAAUUCUAUUCUUCCCUGCUGGAAAUAAGAGCUUUGAUCCUAUCACGGUCGAUACUGAUCGGACAGUUGUAGCAUUUUACAAAUUCCUAAAGAAAAAUGCAUCAAUCCCUUUUAAGCUACAGAAGCCAGUUUCAAGUCCAAAAGCUGAAAGUUCUGAAGACAAAUCUAGUGAUGCAGAAGAGAGCACAAAGAGCACUGACUUAAAGGAUGAAUUGUGAAGACGUAUUAUAGUUUUGUAAGUUAUAUGCAUCUCUUAUUUCCCUCUUUUUAUUGCUUUGCAGAUAAUGUAGACGAUAAAUACGAGAGACUAGAAAUUAAAAGAAAACCUUUUUUUCCCUA